UCCUUUAUGAGAUGGGAAAAAUCAAAACAGAAAAAUCACAAUUUCUGUGUGAUCGUUUUGCAGGUUCAUUCAGUGGGUAUGGUGUUGCCGCAGCAGGUUUAGAUGCGGUGAUGUGGAGGAGGAGAAGAAGGAAUCGUACGGAAAUCUAGCUCCGCUUUGCGAAGACGGAUACUGUAAGCACUUGGUGCGCAGCAAGGCCUGUGAGGCGCUCUCUCAGCUCCCUUCUCUCAUGCCUCUCUACUCCGGGAUUCAUGGAGAAGUCGUGAUAUUGGACCAACACAGAUGGAUCCGCCCUGCAGUCUCCUCAGAUUCAAAUUCCUCUCAAGAAUAAGACCCAGUCUCUCUCUUCUGGUCUUCUCCUCCCUAGUUGCAGCCCUCUCUUCGUCCCAUCUGCUCCUUCAAUAGAGAAAAUCGGAGAAGCCUGCUGUCUCGUCUCAUCCUAUUCAGCUCUCUCUCAUAGCUAUGGUUUUUAGCUUUUUGCUCUUGUAAAUUCUCAUCGGGUCCCCUUCCUUGACAUCAUAGAAACGGAUCGGCCAAGAAGCUUUCUAGAAAAUAGAUGGAGAGAAGUUGGAUGAAACUCAGGGAUCAUUUUUGCCUAGAGUAUGCGGAAGGGGUUCGAGAGUUUAUGCGUGUCACAACUCAGCAUGCCGGAUCUGGUAAUAGAGUUCGAUGCCCUUGCAAAAAUUGCAAAAAUUGCUAUUUUAGACAAUUGUUAGAGGUUAAGAGGCACCUCCUUUUAUAUGGAAUUUUGGAAGACUAUACUUGUUGGAUUCAUCAUGGUGAAACAAUCCAAGUUGCUGAUCAUAAUCUUGCUGGUGAGAAAACUAAUAAUCAACAUAUUUCUGAUGAUCAAGGCGACAAUAUAUAUAAUGAUAUUCCAGAGCUGUUAGAGGAUCUACAAAGAGGUACAUUUGCAGAAUCUUUUGGAGAGACUUCCACUGACCAAAAUACAUCGGGUAAUGAAGGUGAAGUGGAGAAAUUUGCUAGACUGCUAAAUGAUGCUAACCAAGAGUUAUAUCCUGGUUGCUUGAAAUAUUCUAAGUUAUCAUUUCUUCUAAAAAUGGUUCAUGCCAAAUCAAUGGGGAAUUGCAGCAAUAAAGCAUUUGAUAUGAUGCUGACAUUAUUCAAAAGUGCCCUUCCAGAAGGUGAGACGCUUCCAAAAUUGUACUAUGAUGUGAAAAAAUUAUUGCGUGAUUUGGGUCUUGGUUAUAUAAAGAUCGAUGCUUGCCAAAAUGAUUGCGCAUUAUUUUGGAAGGAACAUGAAAAUCUUGAUAGGUGUCCAAAUCCAAAUUGUCAAGCUCCUCGGUGGAAAUAUAGUGCUCUUAAACGUAAGACGAUUCCCCAUAAGGUGCUGAGAUACUUUCCUGUCAAGGCCAGACUUCAACGUUUAUUCAUGUUUAAGGAAACAUCAGAGGAUAUGAGAUGGCAUCAAGAGAAGCGUGUUCAAGAUGGUGUAAUAAGACAUCCAGCUGAUGCUAUAGCAUGGCAAGAGUUUGAUAAGGAACAUGAUUGGUUUGCUCAAGAUCCUCGAAAUGUUCGAGUAGGCCUUGCAAGCGAUGGGUUCAAUCCUUUUGGUAAUAUGAGCACGACCUACAGUAUGUGGCCGGUGUUUUUAAUUCCGUAUAACUUGCCUCCCUGGAAAUGCAUGAAGGAGCCAUUUAUCAUGUUAAGCUUGCUCAUACCUGGUAAGGAUUCUCCUGGCAAUGAAAUUGAUAUAUAUUUACGCCCAUUGGUUGAUGAGUUGAAAGAGUUAUGGUUAGAAGGUGUAGAGACAUAUGAUUCAUACAAGGAUGAGAAAUUUCGGUUGCAUGCUAUAUUAUUAUGGACCAUAAAUGAUUUUCCGGCUUAUGGAAUGUUAUCUGGGUGGAGUACGAAAGGGAAGUUAGCUUGUCCAAUAUGCAAUAAGGACACUUGUUCAUUUACACUAAAAAAUGGACAGAAAUAAUGUUAUAUGGGUCAUCGUAGGUUCUUAGAUUCGCAACAUUCAUGGAGAAAAAGUAAAAAAUUUGAUGGUAAGUCAGAGUACCGGUCGAAACCUGAAGAAUUAUCUGGAGAUGAUGUGUUAAGACAAUUGAGGCAAGUUGAGAAUGUAAGAUUUGGAAAGCCGCCUAAUCAGCGAAAGAGGAAACGUUCAGAUGGUGAACUGAAUUGGACAAAAAGAAGCAUAUUUUUUGAAUUGCCUUACCGGAAAACAUUAAAGCUGCGACACAAUUUGGAUGUUAUGCAUAUAGAAAAAAAUAUAUGCGAAAAUAUUUUGUCCACUUUAAUGAAUAUUGAGAAGAAAACUAAGGACAACAUCAAGACCCGUUUGGAUUUGGAGGAAUUGGGUAUACGGAAGGAGCUGCAUUUACAACGAGAUGGUGACAGGUAAUGGGUUCCACAGGCAUGUUACACACUCACACUACAAGAGCGGCGAAAGCUCUGUGGAUGGCUAGGACUAGUUAAGUUACCUGAUGGAUAUAGGUCUAAAUUUUCCCGUGUUGUGGCCAAUGAUGCUGCUAAGGUUUCCGGUAUGAAAAGUCAUGACUAUCACAUAUUCUUACAACGACUGCUUCCUGCUGCAUCAUAUGGAUUCUUGCGAAAUGAUGUAUAUGUCGCACUAUCGGAGUUGAGCAAUUUUUUCAAGGAACUAUGCUCUAAAGUUGUGAAUAGAGAAAAAUUGGAACUGUUGAAGCAUGAUAUCAUUUUAAUAUUGUGCAAACUUGAGAUGAUUUAUCCACCGUCCUUUUUCGUCAUUAUGGUUCACCUAGCUAUCCACUUACCUCGUGAAGUUGAAUUAGGUGGGCCGGUUCAGUAUCGUUGGAUGUAUUUUGUCGAGAGGUAGUUUCCAUACUUUUAUUAUGUACAUUUCUUUUCUUUUAAUUAUAAUAUGUGUCUUUCUUAAGAUAUUUUAAUUGUUUAAUGUAUAUUGGUUAUUGAGGACGUUAAAGGACUCUGUGCACAACAAAGCUCGCCCAGAAGGCUCGAUUGCUGAAGCGUAUAUUGCCAAGGAAUGCCUUAAUUUUUGUUCCAUGUAUUUUUGUGGUAUUGAAACACGAUUUAAUGGAGAGGACAGAAAUUAUGAUGGGAGCAAAACAGAUGAAUCGAGUGGAUUUUUGAUUUUUAAACAAAAGACGAGGCCAUUAGGAGCAGCUAAAUAUAAAGUUUUGUCCAAAUCUGAGAGAGAUAAAAUACAAUGGUAUAUUCUCCAUAAUUGCAGUGAGAUUGAUGCUUACCGAAAGUAAGUAUAUUAAUAUAUAGUGCACAUAUCUUUUUAUAGUAGUACUGUGCAUGAUUAAUCUUUGGGAUUUUGCAGUUUACACAAAGAGGAGCUUGAGAGAGAAUCUCCUGCAAAUAUAGAGCAAAGACAUCAAGAGAAAUUUCUAAGUUGGUUUAAAACUCAAGUUACAAAUUUGCGGCUGAACAAUUCAAUUGGAUUCUCUAAUCAACUGUAUGUACUUGGAAUGGGCCCUAAUGAACGAGUCGCGAAGUAUAGUGGUUUGAUUGUGAAUGGAGUUAGAUUUCAGACUGUAGAUCGUGAUAAGACCCUUCAAACACAAAAUAGCGGUAUCGUGGUUAAGGGAGAGCAUAAUUCAGAAGAAAUUGAUUUUUAUGGUGUGAUAGAAGAUAUAAUCGAGCUGUAGUAUGGUAAUAUGAAUCGUGUUUUUAUAUUGGGAUGCAAGUGGUGGAAUAUGGGGGACAAGCGAAAUGGAUUUUGGUCGGAUGGACGUUUAAUUAGCGUUAACACCAGUAGAACGUGGUACAUGAGUGAUCCAUUUGUCCUUGCAACUCAGGUUGAGCAAGUUUUUUAUGUUAAUGAUAUUAAACGUGGAGGCAGUUGGAGAAUUGUACAGAAGGCACAUUCUCGAAAUCUUUAUGAUGUUCCUGAGAGAGAUAUGAGAUAUGAUAACGAAGAAUUGGAUACCAAUCAAGAGCCAUAUCAGCAAGAUCAGUCAUAUGACAUCAGUCAAAUUGACAUCGAUGAUAAAAUUGACGGACCACUACAUCGGGAUGAUGUAAUGCCUAUAGAUGUUGAUUCCAGCACAUUACUUUCACAAGUUAGGAACAACAAUGUUGAGAAUGAUUUUGUUGAUGAAGAAUAUGAUACAUUCGAUGAAUAUCUCGAUGAUUCUAAUGAAGAGGACUAUGCCGAUGAUGACGAUGACGAUUUGGAUGAGGAGUCAUAGAUUUUUCCGAGUCUGCUGGUCUUCCGUGGGCAGGGGCAAAAGGAUAGGACACUUUCACUCCAAUCAGUACGGUUAUUCUGAAAGCAAUCCACCGAAAAAUUCGCAAGAUUUGUUACCCACUAGCAUCAUUGAGCGCGAAGAAGGGCGCGCCAAAAUGGGUAUGCAAAUUUGGCGAAAAAUUCAGUGUAAAUCAUUUCCUGCGAAUCGUAAUUGGGGGUUCGUAGCUCUCUAUCUAUUCACAAGAGAACUUGGGCAAAUUACACGAAGGUCCAUUGACGAUGACACCACAUCGUCAAAGGAAAAAUACUUCAGCCACUGGUCAAGUCAGUUCUACUCAAUCCCAAUCCCAUCCUGGUUUGCCAACAGCUCCUCAAAGCAUGUCGCCUCAAGUGGGAACUUCUAAUCAAACUGGUAGCCCGGUUGCUUCUAUACCAGCUGAUUCAGUAACCAAAGGUACUACUAUUGCUACCAAAAAGAGAGGUCGUGGUUUAGCUAGGGGUUUUCAGGUCACGAAACGACUGAGGGAGGGUAGCAAAAUUGAUGGAGUUAUCAUUUCUGAAGAUAACUACAAACCCGUAGGCCCAGCUGAGAAAAUAUUUAAGAUGGAGUUAGGCAUAAUCACCCGGUUACUAGCUCCCCUUCGAGUAUUUUAUUGGAAGAGAAUGAAAAAUGAGAUGAAAGAGCCACUGUUUGCUCGUCUAGAGAGUGAAUUUCAAAUUUCUCUAUCUGAGCCAUAUGCAAGAGAAGUGGUAGAUGCAGCAAUGGCAGAUCGUUAUAGGCCAUUCAAGCAUAAUUGCUGCAAGCACUAUAGAAAGUUUUCGACCAUUGAGGAAGCACGUCAAAAUCCUCCUAUUGAUGUGGAGGAGGCAGAUUGGAUUCCAUUGUGUGAGCAUUUCGAGAGUGAUGAAUUUAAGCGUGCUAGCAAGGCAAAUGCUGCCAAUUAGUCGAAGCUUGAGGUGAAUCAUACAUCAGGUUCAAAAUCAUAUUGUCAGCGUAUGUAUGAAAUGGAAAUCUCUGAGGACCCUCGACCGGUUCCUAAAGAAGUCGGUGUGUAUUAUGAUGCCCAUCACAAGAGGGCUACCGGCACAUGGAUCCAUCCAAAAGCUCAAGAGAACUAUGAGCAAAUGAAGGCUUUGCAUGCACAACCAACAGAGAAUGACAUUCCAUUAACAGGAAGAGAGAUAUUUCAGGAAGUUGUGAAGCCAAAAUCUGGGUAUACUCGUGGACUUGGCUAUGGUGCGAGGCAUCAUGCUAGGCCAAGAUCAACUGCUCGUUUCUAUGUAGAAGGUAAUGACUCUGAGAGAGAAUCUCGUCAAGUGUUGGAGCAGAAGAUUGGAAGUCAACAAGCUCAAAUAGAAAGUCAACAAGCUCAGAUAUUAAUAUUGCAAUCAUCACAUGCCAGUCUGGAAGCCCAAAUUCGAGAUUUGCUUGGUCGACUUGAAGUAAGAGACAUCUCUCACUCAAAUCCUUAACGAUGAAAGUGCAUUCGGACAAUGGGAGGCGCAUGGCUCAUCCCGUAAAUGGUUUAGAAAGAUCAUCUCUAUAUUCUAGGAUGUUUUCUUUUAAUUUCUAAGUUCAAGUAGAAGUAGUUCUCUUCUUAGA